AUGCAUACCACACUCUCCCUCUCCGUAGGCCUCUCGAUCCUCGCCGCGUUCACCACUGCUGCGCCAGCAGCUGGCCAUGGCCAUCGCGUGCGAAGCAAUGCUGGAUUCAUUGCCAUGAGACAGGCCACCAACGGCACAGCGCCGCCAGCGAACAACAACAACAACAACAACAACAACGGCGGCGGCGCUGGUUCCAACAAGACGCCCAGCGACACGCAGCUCAUGAAUGCCGUCAUGGGCUGGAUGAACGACACGGGCAAGGUCACCAACUUUGUCAACACGGCCACGUCGCUGACGGGCGACGAGUUCACCCUGCAAGCGCAAAUCGCGCUCAACGCCGAGCUGGACGAGCUGAACCACAAGAAGAUCCUCGACGCGGGCCUCGGCGACAACCCGAUGGUCCAGAGCGCCAACGAGGUCCUCGAGACGCAGGGCACGUUCCAGAACGUCGUCGACGUCCUCCAGGCCAUGGUCAACAACGGCCCGGACACGGCGCAGGCCGACGUCAACGCCAUCAACAACAACCGCUGCGUCAACGUGCUGCCCAACAUUGACAUGUACUUUGCCGCCGCGGGCAUGCCGGAGGUCUCCGCCGCCCGACCUACCGGGUGUCUCGAGGUCGCUGGGGCGCCGACCGGCGCUCUGCCUCCGGCUGGCGGUGCCGAUGCGUCUGCCCCUGCAAGCAGCCCUUCCCCUACGCCUGCGCCAGGCGCGGGCGGCGGAAACGCCGGCAAUGCCACCAGCAAGAACAAUGGCAAUGGCGCAGGCAACAAGAGCGGUACCAAGAGCGGCACCAACAAGGCAGCACGGGGCGGUCAGGCCGGCGGUGCGGCUACCUGA